AUGGUUGUAGUGGGUAAGAGUGAAGUGCGCAAUGUAAGCAUGAGUAGGCCGAAGAAGAAAUCAUUGAUUGCCAUCCUGUCGACCUGUGUUUUGUUUUUCCUCGUGUUUAUAAUUGGUGCUAAAUUUCAAUAUGUUUCCGUUUUCUCCAAAUUCUUAGAUGACAGGGGGGACAACGAGUCACUUCAAUUGCUCAAUGACAUAGAAUUUACAAGGCUAGGACUGACACCUAGGGAGCCAGUAAUUAUCAAAGACGUAAAGACAGGGAAGGAGAGAAAAUUACAUGGACGGUUCCUUCAUAUUACCGAUAUUCAUCCUGACCCUUAUUAUGUGGAAGGAAGCUCUAUUGAUGCAGUUUGUCACACAGGAAAACCAAGCAAAAAAAAGGAUGUGGCACCCAAGUUUGGGAAGGCAAUGUCUGGAUGUGAUUCUCCCGUUAUUUUAAUGGAAGAAACUCUGAGAUGGAUUAAAGAAAAUCUUAGAGAUAAGAUUGAUUUUGUCAUUUGGACGGGUGAUAAUAUCAGACAUGACAAUGACCGGAAACAUCCAAGAACAGAAGCACAAAUUUUUGAUAUGAACAAUAUCGUUGCUGAUAAAAUGACAGAAUUAUUUAGUGCUGGCAAUGAAGAAGAUCCAAGAGAUUUUGAUGUGUCUGUCAUUCCAAGUCUUGGAAACAAUGAUGUCUUUCCACAUAACAUGUUUGCACUAGGACCAACUCUACAAACUAGAGAAUAUUAUAGGAUUUGGAAAAAUUUUGUUCCGCAGCAGCAGCAAAGAACUUUUGAUAGGAGUGCUUCAUUUUUGACUGAAGUUAUUCCAGGGAAGCUUGCUGUCCUGUCAAUUAACACGCUGUACUUAUUCAAGGCCAAUCCGUUAGUUGACAAUUGUAAUUCAAAAAAAGAACCAGGUUACCAACUUUUACUUUGGUUCGGUUAUGUAUUAGAAGAACUAAGGAGUAGGGGAAUGAAAGUAUGGUUAAGUGGACAUGUACCUCCAAUCGCAAAAAAUUUCGAUCAGUCGUGCUACGAUAAGUUCACGCUAUGGACUCACGAAUACAGGGAUAUAAUCAUUGGAGGAUUAUACGGUCACAUGAAUAUUGACCACUUCAUCCCAACGGAUGGUAAAAAAGCUAGAAAAUCGUUAUUGAAAGCCAUGGAGCAAUCCACUCGUGUUCAACAAGGAGAAGACAGUAAUGAAGAGGACGAAGAAACUGAAUUGAAUAGAAUUCUGGAUCACGCUAUGGCGGCAAAAGAAGUUUUUUUAAUGGGAGCGAAACCAUCUAACAAAGAAGCAUAUAUGAACACCGUCCGCGACACAUACUAUCGGAAAGUGUGGAAUAAGCUGGAAAGAGUGGAUGAAAAAAAUGUUGAAAAUGAGAAGAAAAAGAAAGAAAAGAAGGACAAAAAAAAGAAAAAGCCAAUCACUAGAAAAGAGCUCAUUGAACGCUAUUCCAUUGUGAACAUAGGUGGUUCAGUCAUUCCAACUUUCAAUCCUUCCUUUAGGAUCUGGGAAUAUAACAUCACCGACAUAGUGAAUGACUCCAAUUUUGCAGUUUCGGAGUAUAAGCCCUGGGAUGAAUUUUUCGAGUCACUAAAUAAGAUUAUGGAAGACUCUUUGCUAGAAGAUGAAAUGGACAGCAGUAAUAUCGAGGUUGGGAUCAACCGCGAGAAGAUGGGCGAAAAGAAAAACAAGAAGAAAAAGAAAAAUGACAAGACUAUGCCAAUUGAGAUGCCAGACAAAUACGAACUCGGCCCUGCAUAUGUACCGCAGUUAUUCACUCCGACGCGUUUCGUCCAAUUCUACGCCGACUUGGAAAAAAUCAAUCAAGAAUUACAUAAUUCAUUUGUUGAAUCUAAGGAUAUUUUCAGGUAUGAGAUAGAAUAUACCUCAGACGAGAAACCAUACUCAAUGGAUUCGUUAACAGUAGGAAGUUAUUUGGAUCUUGCAGGCAGAUUAUACGAAAACAAACCUGCAUGGGAAAAAUACGUCGAAUGGUCAUUUGCGUCUUCUGGAUAUAAAGAUGAUUAA